CGCCGAAAUCAUCCUCGUUCUGCCUGCCUCUCCUUCCGCAAGACUCGCAGGCCUCCUUUCCUGAUCUUUGGACCCAUCCCGCACACCCUUCUCUGGCUCUACUCCCUGUCCUUGCUUCCCGGUCGCGACUGACCCAGCUCAAGACUCCACUACACAAUGACCCUUACCGAAGAGCAAUCUCGCACCCUGCAGCUCAUCCUGCACCCGUCUGCGACCGUCUCGAUGGUGUGCUGCUCCGGUGUGCUGGUGGUGCUUUUCAUGAAGCGCCUGAGGAAGCGGCGUCUUUCGAUGCUCGACCGAAUCGUCGGGUUCAUGACGCUUAUGGAUCUGAUUGCCAACAGCGUCCACAACCUUGGAAACAUUAUGGCUGAUGUGCCGCACGGCUGCUUGGUGUUCGGCACCAUCCUGCAGUACGUCCUGCUCUCGGGCCUUCUGUGGUCCACAUGCCUCGCCUAUCAGUGCUUCUCCGUGAUCGCCCUCCGGUUCUCGCUGGCCAAGACCGAGGGAAAUAUGGUCUAUUAUAUGUGCGUUUCUUUGGGACUCCCGCUUGUUGUGGUCGCCUGCAUCAACUUCUUGCCGACGUUUGGUCUGAAUGAACCUAUCAUGGGGCUUGCAACCACAUGGUGCUGGAUCAACUCGGACUUUGGCCUCUACCGCAUGAUUUUCUUCUUUGGUCCGCUGUGGCUUCUGUUCCUGGUCAAUGUGCUUCUGUAUGCCCGCGUGGGCUGGGUCAUCCACAAGUCCUCUAGGAUCUCGAAGCUCAUCAACGCCAGCAACAUCCACAACCGCAAGCGACAUGCCAUCGUCGAUCCUCCCCUGGUGCGCUAUGCCAUCAGGACUCUGCUCUACAUGGCUGGCGUGGUCGUCGUCUUUAUCCCGGUGACGGCGGCUCGGAUCCAGAACAUGAUCAGCCCCAACGACCCAAACUUCAUGCUAACGUGUCUGCUGGCAUUCUUUGGACCUCUUCUCGGCGCCUUCAACUCCACGGCCUUCUUCUAUAUCGAGUUCUUUUCCAACCUCAAGAGUUCCGACGCCGAGCAUCCAUCCCUCAGCAGCAACAAAGGUCUGUUUGGCCGAAACACCCAUCCAUCCCCGGAGCCGGCACCGUCGCUCGAUGCCACUGUGGGCUCGUCGGACGAUAUCACCUUUGCCGACGCCCUCAAGAGCGUCGCUUAGAUAGAUUCUGGUGGUAGCAGAGUUGUGGGCAGCUGGUUUCCCUACUCCAGCACUCUGCAGAACAACCAUUCUCCUCCGCCAUACAGUUGAUAGGCACCCUGAUUUUGUGGAAGGGUGUGCUGUAAAUGCGGGCUUCCCGCUGUUGCUUGUGGGCAGCCGACCCAUACAUUCCUUCAUCCUCAUUCGCAUUUUGAGUUCUUAUCAUCACUGCACGUUUCUCGGCCCUCAUCUGUGUCCUGAUCUUAUGGAGGCACCUUUCUUUGUGUACAUUCAGUAUCUGUGCAAAUACAGUGUUUCGAUUCAGCAUCAAGAA